UCUUGGUUGAUAUCCUAACUUUGAGCAUAGCAUCUACAUAAGUACAAAGGAUAUGUUAAUUAUUGUCCAAGUCACGUAUUCGUACUAAGAUAAAAGAGUUUAUUACAUUCAUGUUUAUGAGGUUAAGAUAUUCGAAAAAUGCCGCAAGGAACAAGAAAGAAAGCGUUUAGUGGUAAAGCAAAAAAGCAGCAGUUGCAAGCGAAAAAGCAACGGCAAAAUUCAGCUUUAAAUACAGGCUGUCAUAGCAGGGGCGACGAAGGCAACGGCGAGUUUGAAUACAACGCUAUACAAAAGAUUAAUAAACAACCAAAAGAUGAUAAUUCUUCUAAAAACAGAUAUGCUUUACAAUUUUUCCAAGAAAGCAAAGAAGAAUUGAUGAAAAGAAAGGAACUAGGUAGAAGUACUAUCGAACCUUUAUCUCUUAAAGAUCAAGAAGUUUCCGAUAACUAUUUUCCACCUGAAAUCGAUAUGCCCAAAAGACCACCUUGGGAUUUCAAUAUGUCGAAAGAUCAAUUAGAAUUAAGAGAGCAAAGAUAUUUUACCGAAUAUUUGAAAAAUGUGGGAAAAUUAAGCGCUAUCAGUUACUUUGAAUUAAACAUAGAGACUUGGAGGCAGUUAUGGAGAGUUUUAGAAAUAUCAGAUGUUUUACUGAUCAUUGUCGAUAUCAGAUUCCCUGUUUUAAUGUUUCCUCCAUAUUUAUACGACCAUGUGACAAACGAACUUAAAAAGGACAUGAUUUUGGUAUUGAACAAGGUUGACUUAGCUCCUCCUGCCUUAGUAGUAGCAUGGAAAGAAUACUUUCGUACCAUGUAUCCAAAAUUACACAUUUUGAUGUUCACGUCGUAUCCUACGUAUAAUUUACGCGGCAACAGAAAUGAAACAGAAGGAUUGAAACAACGACGUAGGAAGGGAAAAUUAAAAAUGGCAGCAGAAGGAGCUCAGAAACUGUUGGAUGCUUGCAAGGAAAUAGUCGGGGAUAACGUGGAUUUGAGUUGUUGGCACGAUAAAAUUGAAGAAGAAAUGCAAAUCGAAUUUGAUUUAGACGAUGCCGAUCAUAAAGAUAACGUUAUCAUUGAAAAAGAAGAUACAAGUUAUUUCAAACAUGAACGUUAUAAAAAUGGAGUUUUAACCAUCGGAUGUAUCGGAACUCCAAAUGUUGGAAAAUCGUCUUUAAUGAAUGCGUUAAUGGGAAAGAAGGUUGUUAGCGUAUCGCGUACACCGGGACAUACUAAACAUUUUCAAACUAUAUUUCUUACAAAGAACGUUUGUCUCUGCGAUUGUCCAGGAUUGGUAUUUCCAUCUACAGUACCUAAACAGCUACAAAUAUUAAUGGGAUCUUUUCCAAUAGCUCAAGUCAGAGAACCGUACUCGACAAUUCGAUUUCUAGCUGAAAGACUAGACUUGCCAAAGAUACUGAAAAUACAGCAUCCGGACAACGACGAUACAUGGUCCGCUAUGGACAUUUGCGACGGAUGGGCUGCUAAGCGAAAUUUCGUAACCGCACGAGCCGCCAGGCUCGAUUCUUACAGAGCAGCUAACUCGUUAUUGAGAAUGACGCUCGAAGGAAAGAUUUGUAUGUACGUGUAUCCACCAAACUGGACGGAUAAGAAAGACAAAUGGGAGAAUCAUUCGGAAGUUGAACUUGUCAGAUGGAUUCAAGCUAGAAACAAAGAACACGACGUUAACGAGUUGGAAAAGGUGUACACGUCGUCCGAAGAUAAAAGAAAGGAGAAUCGGAUGAUUCCGACGGUACCGCCAGCCAAGAGUCAGUAA